CCCACACUGGUGAUGCGGAAGUGUUCAACAUGUAGCUCAGUGAGAACUGUCUCAUUGAGAAAGCUUCACUUUUGAGGAUUACAGGAGAAAGAUUUCACCAUGGAAGGAACUUCCACAACUGAUGCUGCAGGUCAGUCUUCCAUUGCAGCUCAGGUUCCUUUUCUCCACCUUUGCACCACUUUAGAGAAAAUCCAGAAGUCUAAACUCCGUCCAGAGAAAUCCAAAAUCCUUGGAGAUUUCAUGGAGUCAUGGAGGAAGUUUCAUGCUGCCCACCAUAAAGACAACCCCAAAACAACAGACUCGUUCUACCCAGCGAUGCGUCUCAUCGUCCCUCCAUUUGAACGAGAGCGUAUGGCCUACGGCAUCAAAGAGAGCAUGUUGGCUAAGCUCUACAUUGAUGUUUUAGGCCUCCCAAAGAAUGGGCCAGAAGCGAAUAAACUUUUGAACUAUCGUGCUCCUACCACAUCCCAAGGAGAAGCCGGAGAUUUUGCCGGCAUGGCGUACUUUGUACUAAAGAAACGAUGCACUAGCCAGGGAAACCUUAGCAUAAAAGAAGUCAAUGACUUUCUAGACUCAGUCGCCAUCAACAAUGCCAGCAAGAAGAAAGACCUUGUAAAGAAGAGUCUCCUGCACCUUAUCACCCAGAGUUCUGCCCUUGAGCAAAAGUGGCUCAUCAGGAUGAUUCUGAAGGACAUGAAGCUUGGGAUCAGCAAAGAAACUGUACUUCAAGUCUUCCAUCCGGAUGCAAAUGACCUCUACAAUGUCAAUACUGACUUGAACAAGGUGUGCCAACAGCUCCACAACCCCUCUGUCUCAUUGAGCGAAGUCUCAAUCGGACUCUUCUCUGCAUUCAAGCCUAUGUUGGCAGCUGUCGCAAACAUACGCAAUGUCGAGAAACAGAUGGGAAACAGUCCUUUUUACAUUGAAACCAAACUGGACGGGGAGCGCAUUCAACUUCACAAAGACGGGGACGUGUACAAGUACUUCAGCCGGAACGCCUUCGAGUACACUCAGCAGUUUGGAGGAUCUCCCUUGGAGGGUUCUUUGACACCUUACAUCCACAACAUUUUUAAAAGCAACAUUGUCAGCUGUAUCCUCGAUGGCGAGAUGAUGGCGUACAACCCAACUGCUGAGACCUUCAUGCAGAAAGGAAGCAAAUUCGACAUCAAGAGACUCAUGGACGACUCUGAGUUGCAAACAUGCUUCUGCGUUUUCGAUGUCUUGUUAGUCAACGGCCAGAAGUUUGGCAAGGAAACCCUAAAGAAACGCUACGAGAUCCUGCAGACAGUCUUCACCCCAGUCAAAGGAAGGAUACACCUUGUACCAAAGACUGAUGCCAGAACCAUGCAGGAAGUGGUGAAUGCACUCAAUGAAGCUAUUGACAACAGAGAAGAAGGGAUCAUGGUGAAGGAUCCUUUGUCCAUCUACAAACCAGACAAACGUGGAGAAGGAUGGCUGAAGAUAAAGCCGGAGUACGUGGAUGGCUUGAUGGACGAGCUCGACCUGUUGAUCGUUGGUGGCUACUGGGGGAAAGGAAGGCGAGGUGGUAUGAUGUCCCAUUUCCUUUGUGCUGUCGCUGAAGCUCCAAAGCCUGGUGAGAAACCCUCGGUUUUCCACACUCUCUGCCGAAUCGGUUCCGGCUACACUAUGAAGGAACUGUACGAUCUUGGUUUGAAGCUUGCCAAGAACUGGAAGGUCUACCGCAAGAAUGAUCCACCAGCAUCCAUCUUGUGUGGAACAGAGAAACCAGAAGUUUACAUUGAACCCUGCAACUCAGUCAUCAUCCAGGUAAAGGCGGCAGAAAUAGUCGGAAGCGACAUGUAUAAAACCAACUGCACUCUGCGUUUCCCAAGGAUCGAGAAGAUCCGCGACGACAAGGAGUGGCACCAGUGCAUGACUCUGGCAGAGCUGGAUCAGUUCCGGAGUAAGGCAUCGGGGAAACUCGCCUCGAGGCACCUUCAAAUCAAUGAUGACGAACCGCAGAAGAAGAAGCGCAAAGCGCCUGCCAAACCCAAAAAAGUGGUUGGGAUCAUAGACCAUUUUAAGCCUCAGGAUCUCUCUGGGGUCACCAAAGAGACAGAUAUGUUUGAGGAUGUGGAGUUCUGUAUCCUGAAUGGCACUGAAGAUCACCCAAAGGCUGAGCUGGAAAAGGGUGUUGCAAGGUGCGGAGGUAUCGUGGUCCAAAACCCAGGACGGGAUACCUACUGCGUGAUUGCUGGGGUGGAGAACAUGCGCGUGAAGAACCUGAUUUCCUCCGACCAACAUGACAUCGUCUGGGCCGCCUGGCUGCUGGAGUGCCUCGACCAGAAGGAAGUGGUCCCAUGGCAGCCCCGCCACAUGAUCCACAUGUCCCCCUCCACCAGAGAGCACUUUGCCAAAGAGUACGACAGCUACGGCGACAGCUACUUCGUGGCGACAGAUGAGCAACAGCUGCGGGAGGUGUUCAGCCGGAUGAGUGGCGCGGAAUCAUCGGUUGCGGUGAACGCGGGCCAAGUGGAGCAAAGGUACGGCUGGGAGGACCUCCCAACAAGCUUGUUCAGACCCUUCGAGGUUUACAUGGACUGCUAUGGCGACAUAGGAGACCCUAAAACCGCUUUACCUGCUACCUGUUUGGACAUCAGGGCGCUAGAGUUCCGCUACCAUGGAGGGAAGGUGGUGCGGAGGCUGGAGGAAGGAGUGUCCCAUGUCAUUAUCGCAGAAGAAACAAGACUUCUGGAUUUCAGGACUUUGAGGCGCUGCUUCAGGAAGAAGUUUAAGAUUGUGCGAGACUCAUGGAUAACAGAUUCUAUCAAAGCGGGGUAUCUGAUGAAUGACACUGACUACUUAGUCUGAAGACUUUCCUGUCGAUCUACACAGCUUUAAAGUCAACACUGAAAACAAUAAUCCUAUUUUGAAUAAGUCCAGAAUGAGCCAUUUUAAAAGUAGGAAAUUACACAUUCUGUAAAGCACUGGAAUUCAGCAUUACGCCUAACUUUACAGGGAGUUUUAUAUUUUCAGUUCUUGUUAAAUGAUCAGGUAUGCUUGUUAAAAGUUUUAAAUGGAUUUGAUGGAAAGAAUAGAAGGCAAAAGUUGAUAUUCAAUUUUAGGAGUUCAUACUCCAUGUUUUCCUAAUUACAUGCUCUGAAACUUGUCAACAAAUCUGUUUUAAUGCUCUAUUUGGUGGAAGAAUUAUUUUUAUGCAACUAAAUGUUAUUGUGACAUUUUAUUGAUAUUGGAUAUUUUGAGGAUUUGAAAUAUUUUGGGGGAUAAAUUAAUCAAAUUGGUGUUUGAGGUGAGGUCAUGAGGGAAAAAGCUAUUAUUAAGUCAAGGGGAUGUGUGCCUUUAUUUUUUGUUGUCGGUUUAAUUUACAUUUUUAAGUGAACUCUAAUAAAUAUCCUGAAAUGUUUUAAAACACUGGAACAAAUGUAGUGUUUGAAAGGUUAAAUCUGUUUUCAAAAGCAUGAUAGAAAGACGUAAACACUACCAAAAAAGAGGAAAAUGCUACUUUUGGAGGGAGAGGUUUUAAAUGCAUUAAAUUUACAAAAAAAAAUGUUGAAGUCAUGAAAAAACAAUUAUUUGGUCUUUGAUCCUCUUUGAUCUGGGUCUUUGAUGUAUUUUAUUGACAUUUUAAAUACAAUUCUAAUAAAUAUCUUGAAAUGUUUUAAAGAAACAGCUGUUGUGUCUGGAGUGUCGAGUUUGUUAUGAAAAGACAACUAGAAAUCUAGUGUUGAUUCUUUAUCCCUUGCUUUGAUUGUAUUAAAUUUACAUUAAGUUAAACUUUACAAGCCUUCAGGGCAAGCUGCCUAGAAGCAUCCCCACAGCAUGAUGCUGCCAUAUACAUAUAUAAAUUAUAUAGAGAGAUGUUUCUUGGCUUUGGACUCCUCAAUUCAAAAUAUAAAUAGUUUGGCUGUAAAAUUCACUGACUGAGGGUGAAAGGAGAGGCCAGAUCCAAACCUGGGCCAGCGUCAUACAUGCUAUCCUGGCCCCUAACUUGUAGAUUUCUGAUCCACUUUUUGAUGUGGGCCUUUGUGCUUUGAUGUCUAUUAUUUACAUUUUCAGCAAAACUUAUAAAUGUUUCAAAAUGUUUAAAAACUGUUGUGUUUGGAGUGCCGAAUUUGUUUUGAUAAACUUGGUGGCAGAGAAAUUGCC